CCUCAUGCCCUACAUUUGUGGGAACUCCUUUUCUUCUCGUGAAGAUCUAACAUGAGCGUCAGCUUGAUCGGCGCCUCCCUCGUGAGGCGCGCUCUGCGGAUUCGCCAGCGCCAUUUCUCGUCACUGGCGUCUGGAGCUGCGCAGCCAGAGAACGCUUCCUCGAGGAUUCUAGAGGAAGAUGUGAAAAAAUUCGAAGAAGAUGGUGCUGUUGUCUUGCGGAAGGCCAUCCCUUCGUCCUGGGUGGAACAACUUCGUGUUGCUGCUGACAAUAACAUGAAAAAUCCAGGUCCUUUGUGCGACGAACAUGUAAAACCAGGAGAGCCAGGACGUUUCCAUGACGACCAAUUUCUGUGGCUUCGUCACAACACAAUGCGCUCGUUUAUUUUUGAGUCUCCUGUUGGUGAAAUAGCGAAGGGGAUGAUGAGGGGAAAGCUCGCGAGGCUCUUCUACGACCAGUUACUCGUGAAAGAACCUGGUACUCGGACCACCACACCUUGGCAUAACGAUCACUCGUAUUGGCAGCUUUCCGGUGACCAAGUUAUCUCCGUUUGGCUCGCUCUAGAUCCUGUCCCAGAAUCCUCCUGCGUCCAAUACGUAAAAGGCUCUCACAAGUGGAGACUUCUUCACAGGAUUGCUUCUUUCUCAGGUGAUGAAGACCGCUACAAGAGCGACAUGACAGAUUCCUUACCAGACAUUCCUAACAUUGACGAGAAGCUUGACGAGCUCACGCUUCUUAAAUGGGAUAUGGAGCCCGGAGACUGCCUCAUACACCACAGCUUUGCUGUCCACGGUGCUCCAGGGAUUGGAGAAGCCAGUGGAAGGCGACGGGGCUACGCCACUCGCUGGGUUGGCGAAAGCGUCAAGUUUGAUCCCCGGCCCGGUACCAUGCACUACGUGUGGCUCAAAGCUGGAAUAGAUGCCGCGCUCCAGCCGGGUGAGGCUAUGGAUUCACAUUUAUUUCCACACGUCUGCUAGUUACUCUAGCAGAUCUGUUCACUUCGAUGUAGCACGAAUGUGUGAUUAUCUCUUCUGAUUGUUUCACUAUCGUAGAUGUUUGUACGUUUCAUUUUGCCGCAGCUCUUAGAGUACUGUCUCGAUUUGUAGCACGUUGCUCUUUGUGGUUGUCACGUUCUACUAUCACUGUCUAUCUAUCACUAUCAUUUAUAGUUGUAUUUACAUGAUCACACGAUCACAAGUAUAUAAUCGUUACUUUAAAAGCCAUGAUCUGUAGGAAUAGAAGUAUACCAUGUUUCGUUAUAAACUCUGAAUAUUUCAUUCUGUAUUCUCAUUUCGGAGAAAAUAAAUCAUUCACCUCGGAGGGACGAGCAAGAAAAAUGAAGGGCUUCCAUUCGCUCUUGCUCCUGGUGGUCUCUCUCAGUUUUGCUGUUUCUUAUGCAGCUCCAAUAAAAGUGCUGGAUUUCUACCUCCACGACAAGGUCGAUCUAACCAAUCCCAGCAAUUCCACGGUGGUUUUAGUUGCAGGCCCCAAAAAUCUCCAGUUUGGAGCGGUGCUUGUCAUCGACGAUGUUCUCACCAAGGGCCCUUCCCGUGACUCCGAGAUUGUGGGGAGAGCCAAAGGGACGUAUAUCAGCGACGAUUCCACCAACACCACAACCGGUUUGUUCUUGACAUUUGUGGCUGUGUUCAAGGAUGGGACGAUGAGCAUGUACGGCCAAGACAACAUCUUCGAUGAAGUCCGAGAGCUUGCAGUGAUUGGAGGCACCGGAGCCUACAGAUUUGCGUCGGGGUAUGCGCAGAUUAGGACCUACAAGCUCAUUCCGCCACUUUCGGCAAUCUUAAAGAUUCGAGUGUUUUACAAGAACUGAGAUGGGCGCCAAGAUGGUCAUUCAAGAUGAUUACUUCCAAUCAGAUCAGAAGGCCUUUGGCGUCCAGCACUCUAAAAGCUUGGUAAGCAAAGCUGGGUGAAUAUUUGUAUCUUUUGGAUUUUAAUGAUUAUAUUGUUGGCGCUUAA